GUGUGAGUGUUUGUGUGUGUGUGUGUGCAUAUAUAUAUGUGUGUGUGUGUGUGUGUGUGUGUGUGUGUGUGUGUGUGUGUGUGUUAUGAAUACAAAUGAAAGUUAUCUAGGCUUUUUGUCACGUCUUUAUUAGAGAUACACUUCCAUUUCCAUGUUAUAAAAUGUAAUGUCAUUUGAUUAUAGUGCUGCUUCACUUCAAGCUAUAGUGCUUUCUGUUGUGCUUGAUGGUCAUGAGGACUGUGUCUUUACAGUAAUAGAGUAUAAGUCUUAGACUCCACAUUGACCACAUUAACCAUUAACUGUCAUGCGAGUAAUAACAUACCGUAGUCUGAGUAACUUUUAACGUCUAUAACUCAUAGCAAAAUGUUAUAAGGUGAUGAGGAGCUCGGUGUAGAAGAGCGACUUGCUUGGACGAUUGAAAGGACGCAAUAUCUCACUGUUAAUCUGCGCUCAUAUCCAUAAUAUAUUCUGAAAUAUUCUGAAAUCGCAGUGUUUUAAGCUCUACAGCUUUACUGAACACUUUUAAAAGGAGCAGGAUAUUGUGUAUAGCUUUACAUUUUCACUCCUCACUCAUAAUAUUGGCUCUAGUUAUUACGUUAUUAAGUGUUUGAAAUAUAAACGACUAGAAGAGGCGGGCCGGGAUUCUGUAGGGCAUAUGAUAUAAUUGCUCUGAUUUUUUUUUAACCAUUUCACCAUUUGUUAUAUAAAUAUAAAGGCAUAUUAAAGCGGCAGUCAGUGUUUCUACACAUGGUAAGGUUAAUGCAGAGAUGAAAUCCAUGUUGAAUGUGGUUGUGAGCUGAAUAUAAAUUCCAAAUUUGGUUGAUGUUUUCAGCUUCUUUUUAUCAUUUUUGCACACAGAUUAGAGCUAAAAACCGUCCGGUAGUAUUUUCAGUCUAACGUCCAGUUUUAUCAGUUAAAUACAUGCUUGUUUUUUUUUUCUUUCCAAAUUAAAAGACAUUUUUAAGCUUAGAGAAUUCAUAUCAGGCUACAGGAUGAACACACAUGUCACGCUUCACGUAUUUUUCACAUGCACCCGAAGCAGGUGUGUUUAUAUUUCAAUCUAUGACUCAUGAUACACAUGAUUAAUGUUUCACACAUUCCCACAAUGCCGCACAUGCUUACUUGGGUUCUCGUAUGCCAUUUCACAGGCAAAACCUGCUAUUAUAAGACACAUUUGCUUGUCUUUUUUUUUUAUUUUAAUUUUUUUUUUAAACAUGUGAUGGCUCCACCAGAUGUCAGUAUUUUUGUAACAUGGCUCUCACAAGAGAACCAGAGCUUUGCAAAGUCAUGCUGUACAGUACUGGUGACAUCUUAAACUUAUGGAAAUCAUAUGACAGCAUACUGUAGUUCGGAAGUUUACGGAUGACAAAUUGUCCGUGAUUUUAUCGUUGCUUUAUAAAUUUGGUCGUCAAUCACAUUCGGUUGUAAAAAGAAAGAAUUACGAUUCGAUUUCUUUUCAGUUUUCAGGUUUCUUUUGCUUGUCAGGUUUAAACUUGGUCAAAAGUAUUACCAGUGUGUUGCUUGCUGAAGUAGUCUCAGAUGUGGACAUAUAGCAAGAAAUAGUGACAGAGUGCAAACCAAAAAUAUCUGGACGUGUCAGUCUGUUUAAAAUGAGGCCACAAAUAUGUCAGUGAAUGAAGUAAAACAAAGCUACAUUUCAUCCAUACUGGAUUUAAACUGGUCUAAAGAGACCUUAAACGUGCUUACUAACAGGAUAAAUGGGGCACAUAUCAAAAAUGAAAUGAUACAGUUCAAUAUUUCUGACAAUAUAAAAAAAAGAGCAUUAAUAAUGUUUUAAAUGUGUCUAUAGUAGUAAUGUGCUCUUAUUACUACUGGAUUGAUAAAUCAUUACUGUUUAUCAGGCUAAACAUUCACUAUAGGAAGAUGAACACAUUUCAGAUGAGUUUCCACAAAAUGAAUGUUGAAACAUAUCUUCUGACAGGUCAUGGAUGUGUAGUUGAACCUGUGUAUUUUUUUUGUUUUUUGUUUCAUAAAUAGGUUUAAGGAUAUGAUUGACUCGAACAGCACUACUGGACAAUCAACUGUGAAAGAAAGAAAGCACAACUUUAUUCAUCACACACUUGUGAAAUUCCUCUUUGCAUUUAACCCGUCUGAAGCAGUGAACACACACGAGAGUAUGCAAGCUGAGUGAGUAGGUGGGUAUGGAUGGUAAGGGCCCGUAUCGGAUCUACGACCCCGGCGGGAGCGAGGCUCAGUCCAAAGAAGAGACCAGCAGCUACAGACAGCUCCUGGAGGAGAACACGGUGCUGAGAGAGCGCAUGAAGGGCCUCAAGAGCCUCGGAGACCUGCUGGAGGAGUCUCAGUCAGAGGCGCUGAAGCUCCGCAAGCGAGUGGAGGAACUGGUGAGGGACAACGAGGCGCUGAAGUCCUCCACGUCCAGCUUCGCCAGCGCCUGUAUCGGCACUCCGGUUCACACCGACACCCCAGGUCAUGGGAAGCUCCUGAGUCAUCAGGCAUCUGUGAGAUCAGAUCCCCGCGAGUGCCUGACCACGAAAACCAUCCAAACAGAAGCCACUGAGAGCUCGUCACACUUUGAGCUGGUGAACACGGAGGACAAGACCAUGGCGGAGACUCAAACGGAGAACACCGAGCUGGCCAGUCAGCUGCAGAGGCUCGAGAGCUCGUUCAGUGUGUUUGCGCAGGAGUCCAACCCCAACCAGCUCCUGGCUCACCUGGGCCGCAUGGCCGUCGAGUUCCACACCCUGUCCUCAAAAGUGCAGAAGAACGAGCAGAGAACCUCACUGCUGCAGACGCUUUGUGAGCAGCUGAGGCAGGAGAACAACGAGCUGCGGAAAAAAAUGGAGGAGGACCUUCAGUAUCGAAAUCGCGACCUGGAACAGCUGAGGCAGGAGAACCUGAAGCUGCGGGAGCAGGUGAACGGACGGGCCAAGGCGACACCGAGCGAGUCAGCUGAGGCCAAAGACGAGGCGGCUAAAGAGGAAGCAGCGAAAGUCAAGCUGGAGGCAGCCAUGACUCAGCAGUCCAGUAAAGCCGCAGAGAAAACUCCAUCCAAGACCCUGGACCCGGAAGUGUAUGAGAAGAAGAUCAGGCUUCUGGAGAAACAGCGGAGAGACGUUCUGGAGGUGAACAAACAGUGGGACAUUCAGUGGAACUCGAUGAAAGCACAGUACGAGCAGAAGAUCACAGACCUGCGGCAGCGGCUGGCCGACUCCCAGAAAGCCGUCCAGGAGCUGGAGGCAGAGCGAGAGCAGAGGCAGAGAGAUUACGACAAGAAGCUGCUCCUGGCCAAAUCCAAGAUCGACAACGUGCAGGGUGAAAAAGAGUGUUUGACGACGGAGACGUGUGAGCUGAAGCAGAAGGUGCGCUACCUUCAGGAUCAGCUGGUUCCGCUGACGAAGCAGAGGGAGUACCAGGAGAAGGAGAUCCAGCGUCUCAACAGGGCACUGGAGGAAGCGCUGAACCUGCACUCUCCAACCUCCCAGGCGGGAAUGAAUCUCGGUGAGGGAGUCCUGAACCUGCGCCAGCAAGAGCUCCACACUCAGAUCGCUGUCCUCAAAGAGCAGGUGAAGAUCUUUGAAGAGGACUUCCAAAAGGAGCGCAGGGACCGAGAGCGCAUGAACGAGGAGAAGGAGGACCUGAGACGGCAGGUGGAAAGGUUACAGGGUCAGAUGACCAACCUGACCAAUCAGCUUCAUCAGGCGCAAAAUGAGUGCCAGAGAGAGCGGGCGGAGAGGUGUAAACUGGAGCGACUGCAGAUGCAACACAAUAAACAGGUUUUGGAGGGGCAGCCAGAGAGAAGGACGUCUGACCCCACGUCGGGCUCAGCGAACGGCCCGCUGAGUCCACCGUACUGUGGCCCGUUCGUGCAGGUGGGCCACCAGCUCGAGGGCUGGCCCAUCCACUUCCCACCCAGAAUGCCCACCCUGAGCGCUGCUCCCGGGCGAGACUUCCAGCCUGUUAAUCCGGGUUUCCCCUGGCAGACAUCAUUUCCACAGCCACGAGGCUCCAGAGUACAGACAGACACAGCGAGAGCACCACCGGAAAGUGCAGAAGCAGGAGCAGCAGGUUUCGGGAAGCGGGAGCGUCAGAACGUGGACUCUGGAAAGCACUGAACGCUUCUCCCUCCCUCUCAGCGGCACGUGGCUCAGUAGCAUGAUGCAGUUUCUCUUUCAGUUGGCAUGGUGUGAACUAUCCUUUAUUUCUCCUUCCCUAAUGUAUGUGUGUGUGUGUGUGUGUGUGUGUGUAUAUAUAUAAAUAUAUCUCCGAUAAAAUUUUGUUUAUAUGCUUAAGUUUUAUAAGCCUAUAUGUGAAACACUGUUCUGGAGUAUAUACAUUUAUUAUUAUUAUUAUUAUUAUUAUUAUUAUUAUUAUUAAUUUAGCUUUUUACUAUUGUCAUGGUUGAGACUCUGCGUUAUACAGUAAUCGUGUCAGUUAUUUAAUGAACAUCAUGAGGACCAGAAGUGAAAAUCCUGUUGAAUUGUUUUGAAGCAUCCUGCUUUUGAUUAGCAGAUUGUUUUUUUUUUUUUACCCUCUUCCCCCGGUACGGCUUUACGGUAACAUUCCUUUAAUCGAUUGUAUUUACUUCAUAAAAAUAAAAUCGCAGUCAUCAGCUCAGUUCAUUCAUGUUAAUUUCUCCAAUGAGGCGCAAUAAAUUUGCAUACAUUAGCAUAAAUCGCCUCAAAACACCAAGGUUUAUUGUUUAGCUCGUGUUCAGGCGGCACAUUACUGACCUGGGCUGGGUUUCCCGAAAACUUCUUAACGCUAAGAGCAUCUUAACUAGGAGAGAGAGUGUUCAGUGUGAUGCUCGCUCUCCCAUUUAACGAUGAUCUUUGUGCUACGAUGCUUUUGGGAAAGCCAGCCCUCUUCAUUAGGUGUUAAUGCUCAAGUUCAGUUCAUAACGAACGAAUGAAGUGAACAGUGUUAGUUAGAGGAGCUUUAACGUAAAGCACGACCGCUAUUUAUUUACUGAAAGCAAGAGUGUGAAGUGUUUUUGUUGCGUGUGUGUGUUUUUUUUUUUUUUCUUUCUUUUUGGAAAAUCUCUCUUGAAUUUAAAGAUUGUUUCAUUUCUUUGGGGUAAAGUAAAAACCCCACCCUCUAGGCUGAUGAUGUCAAGGUUGAAAGUGUAACUCAUUCAGUAAGUUUAGAAAAUGUGUCUCGGAAAAUUUUGCACCACAGCAGAGUGCAUUUCUAUUUAUUCACAUGACACCCUUUUUUUUUUUAAAUUAUCGUUUAUAUCCAAAAAAAAAAGACAUCCAUUAUGUGUAAUAUGUUCAUUGAAAUUAGCGAAAUUACUGGAACGCUUACACAUUCUGAGAUCUUACAAUACAGUCCUGCUUUAAUGUUUAAUACUCUUUUUAUUUUAGUUUUUUUUUCUCGUUAAUGGUUCCUGAAUGUAUAUCCGUGACUACGGAUCAUUCAAGAUGGCAGAUAAAAAUUCAUUUCUGAUCUUUUUUUUUUUUUCUCCCCACCCCAGGAAUGAUGGUGGUGUGUGGUUCAUUGUCUUUGUAUCGUCGUCAUUUGUGUAUUUCUUAUAUAUCCCGGGUAGGUGAUGUGACCGGCGUUGUGCCGGCUGCUGUGCUGACACAAAGUGGGCCAAAAAAAAUGUAUACAGAGCUGUGCAAAAGUCUUGGUCACAUUAUAAAGAAAUGCUGUAGGCCAAAAACAGCUUAAAAAUAAUGAAAUGAAGUGUUUCAACAUUAAAUUAAAAAAAAUAUAUAUACUAUAAACCAUAAUCAGUAAGCCAUACUGAAUGAAAGAAGUCAGUAUUUGGUGUGAGACGAAAUUCCCUUUGCUUUAAAAAAAAAAAAAAAGUUUCAGGUCCAGUGAGUGCAGUUUUAUGCGGAAAUGAGCUGUAGGUUUUACUGAGCAUCUUCCAGAACCAGCCACAGUUCUUCUGGACACUUUGUCUCACACACUUCUUCAUUUUGCACUAAAACUCAGUAGCCUUCAUUGUUUUUAUUUUUGAAUCUGAAAAGUGGGCUCUUAAAAGUGGUAAUAUGCUGCUUAGAUUUUCCUGUUUGGGAAUAAAAAUGUUUGGAACUCUAAAAUGUUUUUGCCAUGUUUUGACUCUAAUGUCGAAGUCAUAAAAUAGAAAUUGAUAGUUUGUAUGAAAAGAGAGUUUUCUGGGGGGGCUAAGACUUUUGCACAGUACUGUGUGUGUAUAUGUAUAUAUGUAUGUGUAUAAACGAGCUGCUCUUAUUCAGGUAUAAUAUAUAUAUAUAUAUAUAUAUAUAUAUAUAUAUAUAUAUAUAUAUAUAUAUAUAUUAUACCUGAAUAAGAGCAGCUCGUUUAUUUAUUCAUUCGUCCACUCAUCCACAGUCACUGCUUUAUCCUGCCUUCAGGUCCUCUAUGGAAAUUCACGCGGAAGAGUUUGGAAGUCGUAAUCACGACACGAAACGUCGAGUCGAAGAGAGAACUUUUGUAUUACAGAAAGAAACCUCUUCGCAAAAAUGAUCCCGUUCACACCGCGACUUUUUUGUUCUUGACACAGCCACAACUCGGAAAAAAUAAUUCCAGUUACGAGUCGUAAUUACGACUUGCCUUUGUGGUGACGUUCACCUCGUACUUAGAUUUCCGAUAGGACUUGAAGGCAGCGUCAGUGCAGAUUAAAUCAACACAGAUAGAACCUCAUGCCUCAUUGUAAUCUAUUUCUAAGAAUAAUUAAUAUUCUUUUUUUUUUUUUUUUUUUUUUUUUUUUUUAAUAGUAAGGUUCAAAAAUGGAGUUGUGAUUUUCCAGUUGUUCUUUCUGUGGCAUAACUAGUUGAAGGUGUGUACUAGGCUCCAUUUAUAACAAUCUUCCCAAAACGAAUUUGCUAUAAAAACACGACGCAGCGUUUUUGUUAAUGAUAUGUAAAUAUAAUAAUAAGCAGGGUUGGACAUGCCUUUCUAGUGAACGUGUGUUGAGUAGAAACUGCUAAACUGAUUAAAAGUAUGUGGAGCGUGUAGAGGUUGAAAUGUUUUGUGAGCUGAACGGCACUUUCGCCUUUAUUUAAUGUAGUUUUGUGCUCUUUUGGAGUGAGAUUUUUUUUCCUUCUUCUAUUAGGCGAAAGCACAUCUUGUGAAUCUUUUUUGUAUUUGAUAAUCAUAAUAAUAAAUAUAUUCUUAAUGUCC